CGCGCAUUCCCCGUUCUCUGUCACGUCCAUCUAACGACAGUUUCUGCCUCUUAUCACCCACCCCACCUCGCAGAUUCUCCCAUCUUCCUCCUCGCCUCAUUGUUUGAGAUUAUCUCCUGUCUCUUCCUUCCUACGGGUAAUCUUUAAUCUUUCCAAACUGAAGCUAUCGCUUGAACACGAUCGAAAGCUUUGAAUUAUGGCGGUUCGCGCGCAGUUUGAGAACUCCAACGAGGUUGGCGUCUUCGCUCGUCUCACCAAUUCAUAUGCGGUUGUCGCUAUCGGAGCCUCGGAGAACUUUUACAGUGUAUUCGAGGCCGAACUCCAAGAUGUCAUCCCCAUUUGUCACGCUACUAUUGCUGGUACUAGGAUUGUUGGCCGUCUAACAGCGGGUAAUCGCAAGGGCCUUCUAGUCCCCACCACCACCACAGAUCAGGAACUGCAGCAUCUCCGGAAUACGCUCCCAGACUCGGUCAAGAUUCAACGGAUAGAAGAGCGUCUAUCAGCUCUGGGAAAUGUCAUCUGCUGCAAUGACCAUGUCGCCUUGAUACAUCCGGAUUUGGAGCGAGAAACAGAAGAAAUAAUCGCCGACGUCCUCGGUGUUGAAGUUUUCCGACAGACUAUUGCUGACAAUGUCCUGACGGGCUCAUACAUGGCUCUCUCCAACCAGGGCGGUAUCGUGCACCCCAAGACCUCCAUUCGUGAUCAGGACGAGCUCUCCUCUCUCCUCCAGGUGCCUCUCGUCGCUGGUAGUGUGAAUCGUGGUAGUGCUGUUGUUGGCGCUGGUAUGGUUGUCAACGAUUGGUUGGCCGUAACGGGCCUGGAUACGACAGCGACAGAAUUAAGUGUCAUUGAAAGCGUGUUCCGCUUAGGAGAAAUGGGCCCUCGCGGUGCCGGUAUGGGCAAUGCUCACAAGGAGAGCAUUGUGGAGAGUUUCUACUAGGUUGUCAUCAUGGGCGGUGUUAUUAUUUGGGAUUUAUUCACUCAGAAUUGUCGUAUAUUAAUGUG